CAGACGCGUCGAGUCGUUCCGAGUUUUUUUCUCUUUCCGAAAAUUUGCAGAGUCCUGUGUACUCGCACACCUUUCCCUGUAUACGCACCACGAUGCUUGCACUGCGUCGGGUGCGGUUACCCUCUUCCUCUUCGCGGAAUCUGAUUUCAGCCACUGGGGUUCUCAGAAGGACGAAUGCGACGGUGACCGCAGACAGUGCCAUUACGACGUCAAAUUCGACACAAACACCGCCUUUGAAAGCUCCUGCAGCAAAGACUAGGGAGAUUCUGUUGAGGCCUACGGUUUUGAAACCUAAAGAACGGAGAGCUGACACGCUACCCAAGCCAAAAACAAAAUCUAAGGUUCAGAAGAGCGAGGUGAAGGUGGAGGAGAAAGAGUCUACGUCUACUACCAAGAAACAGAAUACAUCUACAACGAACGUUGCUGGUCGUAAACGACGCCGCUUUGUGCAGCGAAAAAGACCGCAGAUCUCUCUUCGAAACCGGCGCAAAUGGAAUCGACCUUUACACGAAGGGGUUAUUCCUGCGUACGAUGAAGCGUUGAAGGUUAUUUACAGGGACAGUCGGACGUUAAAGAAGGAAGUGAAGGAGUUCAAGGCAAAAGUUCAGAGGAAGGAGCAGGAGUUGGAUGCGGCGACGGAAGGGACGGAACAGGAGGUGUUGGAUGCCGAGUUGGAAAAGAUGAGGGAAAAACUGAAUAUAUUGGAAGUUCAGUCUGAGAUUAAUUUGCCGUCUGUGAGGUGGACUGUCGCGAAUGCUAUGGCGGACAUGCGGAUAUCCUCACACCGUUAUCUCAUGGAACAGAGAUGGAGGAAAGAUGGAGGACUUGAUCUUCUGAUGGAACGAAUUCACCAGAUGAACGUAGUCCCUGACGUCCUUCCUGUCGUACACCCUUCCAUCGACCUGGACGUGACCGUUAAACCUCCCCUUAACCGAACAUUUAUCUCAUCAAGACGUGUUUUCUUGGUAGAACCUGGACGGUUUUUGACGCCUCAGCAGACAAUCAAACCCCCGACACUCUUCCCUCAUGUCUACCAUCCGGACACGAGGCUUUACACGAUGCUCAUGGUUGACCCCGACGUCCCAGAUGAAGAUAAUCAAACAUUCACGACGUAUCUACACUGGUUGAAACCUAAUAUUCCUCUGUCCGCCACACGCCGCGGACCUAUUCCGGACCUCAAUACACAUACUACGUACAUGCCCCCACACCCCCAACGUGGGACUCCUUACCAUCGAUACACCAUCCUUCUUUUGCCGAAUCCACCCAAGUCUUCCUACAGCUUGAAUGUCCAAGCGAAGGCUCAACGUGGCGUUCCGACUUCGGAGUACCUGGAUAUUCCGAUUGUUCCGAAUAGUGGGAGGCUUGGUUUCAACGUACGAGAGUUCGUGAAGAAGUGGAGGUUGAACGGAGCGUUGGGAGGGGGAUAUCAUAUGUUCAGACAGGUCUGGGACCCUACAGUGACUGGGAUAUACGCAGCCGUUUUGGGUCAAUCGGAACCUCAUUAUGGAGUACCACAAAAGGAUAACCCGUACGCCGCGUUCAAGACGUUCAAAAAGUAUGUGUAGAUAUGAUAAAGCCUACCUGUUCGUCUGCCACUACUACAUUCCAAUCCACUCGGCGAUUUGACAUGCCCGCGGUGUACAUACAUUUGACCUUAAUCCUCAGUCGUAAUGUCACUCUGAAUUCACCGGUUUGAUACACUCAGUAUACUUUCCUUACUCGAGC